ACUGGCAAGCAUGCUAUUUGACGUAACGAACAUCAAUUUGUUUAUGUUUACUCUUUUCGCUCUCCGAUACUCAGUCGAUUUUGAUGUUGAUUUUAAAAUACGAAGAAUUUGAAAGCUUUAAUAAGUGAUUUUAAUUACUAGUGAUUGGUGUGUGUAGUGAAACGUGAAAUGCGCUGCCUUAUUAAAAAUUGUAAAUCUGAUAUGCACUCAUCGGAUUCACCGGAUCAAGGUGAAAAUGGGUUUUCAACGCACAGAUUCCCUUCGAAUCCAGACCGUCGUAGAAAGUGGUGGAACAUUUUAUCAUCUUCCGGAGCAGUUAACGAACGAACAUUGGAGGAGGUAGGAAUGUACGCUAGAAUCUGCUCACGGCAUUUUAAGCCGAGUGAUUUCCGCAUCGAAAAAGGAAGGAGUGGGUUACUGAAGGAUGCUAUUCCCACUUUAUUUUUAAACGAGAUUGAAAAAGAUAGCUGCCAAUUUACAUCAAUUGUAAAUGCCUGUUUGGACGAACCACCUCAGCCAUCCAUUUCUCAACAUAAAAGAUUAAGAUAUGCCGGUGAUGUUAAUCUGGAUAACAUAAGUCCAGACCAAGCAGUGAAAGCACUUCCUAUAUUUCAUAGGCAACUAGCAAGUGCUCAGCAACGGAACAAUCAUUUGAAGCAGCAAAAUUUCCGACUUAGAAGCAAAGUGUCGAAGCUGAACGGUGUUUUGAAUGAGUUGAAACACCGGAAAAUCAUCUCUUCAAAAGGCGAAAUUAUCCUAGAUGUAAAAUCAUUUUCUAUAAGUACUUUUAUUGGUUAUUCAAAUAUUUUUAAGUAGUUUAUAUGUUAUUUAUUUUAUUCUGUGUUUAUUUAUGUGUUUAGUGUUUUA